GUAACCGUACCCUGAAAAGCAGUCAGGAACCAAAGUUUUCAUUUCCGCUUCACUAAUAUCUGUGGUCGCUUUUUUUAGUAAUAAAAAAUUGUAUUAUGACGUCCUAUCUGUUGUUGUGCUACACAGGUACAUAUUAAAACAGAUAGCUAACGUACUUAUAUAUACACACAUAUAUAUAUAUAUAUUGGUCUGUUACUUUCAGUUACUCCCUGACUUGUGAUCCUACUUGUUGCUGUGUUAUACAGGUAUAUAUCACUAAAACAGACUGCUAACGUGCAUAUAUUUAUAUAUGUGUAGCUUUGUUAAAUGCUUUAACAUGGAGUAUAAGUGUAUCAGUGAACAUUUACCAUUUGAGACUCUGCCUGAUCCAGGUGAUCGGUUUGAAGUACAAGAACUCGUUGGAACAGGAACUUAUGCUACCGUAUACUCAGCGAUCGAUAAGCAAGCAAACAAGAAGGUAGCGCUGAAGAUUAUAGGACACAUUGCGGAAAAUCUACUUGAUAUCGAAACUGAAUAUCGUAUUUAUAAAGCUGUCAAUGGAAUCCAGUUUUUCCCCGAAUUCCGUGGUGCUUUCUUCAAGCGUGGGGAACGAGAAUCUGACAAUGAAGUAUGGCUGGGAAUUGAGUUUCUGGAAGAAGGGACAGCAGCUGACUUGCUUGCAACACACAGAAGGUUUGGAAUUCACUUGAAAGAAGACUUGAUUGCUUUAAUAAUCAAGGAGGUUGUACGAGCUGUGCAGUACUUACAUGAAAACAGCAUUAUCCACAGAGAUAUUCGUGCUGCCAAUAUAAUGUUUUCUAAAGAGGGAUAUGUCAAAUUAAUUGACUUUGGUCUUUCUGCUUCAGUAAAGAACACGAACGGCAAAGCACAGUCUUCUGUGGGCUCCCCCUAUUGGAUGGCUCCUGAGGUGAUAUCCUGUGACUGUCUUCAAGAACCUUAUAACUACACAUGUGACGUAUGGUCUAUUGGAAUAACUGCUAUAGAAUUAGCAGACACAGUGCCCUCACUUAGCGAUAUUCAUGCUUUACGCGCCAUGUUUCGGAUUAACAGAAAUCCUCCCCCUAGUGUUAAGAGGGAAACACGCUGGUCAGAAACAUUGAAAGAUUUUAUCAGCGAAUGUUUGGUGAAAAAUCCCGAAUAUCGACCGUGUAUCCAAGAAAUUCCCCAACACCCAUUUUUAGCCCAGGUUGAAGGGAAAGAAGAUCAGCUUCGCUCAGAGCUCGUGGAUAUUUUGAAGAAGAACCCUGGGGAAAAAUUGCGAAAUAAGCCAUACAACGUAACCUUCAAAAAUGGUCAUCUUAAGACAAUCAGUGGACAGCCACAUGAGAAAAUUUACGUAGAUGAUCUGGCAUUUCUCGACAGCCCGACAGAGGAAGUGGUCCUGGAGAAUCUGGAGCAACGGUAUAGAAAAGGAGAGAUAUAUACAUUUGCUGGAGAUGUUCUGCUGACUCUAAACCCGGGGAAAGUUUUGCCGCUCUACGGAGAUCAGACUGCUGUAAAGUAUUGUGAAAGAGGAAGAUCAGAUAAUCCGCCUCACGUUUUCGCAGUAGCCGAUCGAGCUUACCAGCAGAUGCUACAUCACAAAAGCCCCCAA